AUGGUGAUAAAGCGACAGUCUUUUGUUUUGGUCUUUAAUGAGUGCCUACAUCUUCUGAACUGCCCAGUUUGCUUCCAACAAUACGAUCGUCCAAAAAGACUUAAAUGCGAGCACGUGUUCUGUUAUGCCUGCCUUCAGAAGCUUGCAUACAAUGAGAUGAUCAAAUGCCCGGAAUGCCGACUGGUUACCAACCUAUCGGCGUCCACCGUCAGCAGUCUGCCUAGCUGCGUCAUCAUUCAGCGAUUCCUUGACGAAAUUUCAAAAAACAAUAAUGACGAUAAAACGUGUGAUAACAAUUAUACUAAUGGUCAAUUGGAUGGUGCGUUUGACAAUUUAGAAACACCGAAGCAUCCGUGUGUGAAUAGGUUAAAAAAUGCCAUACGCCUGAAUUACCAACCAGCUAUUGAGCACUUAAAAGAUCUGAAACGUAACAUCGAACAGAAUCUAAACUCCGUAAGGAAUUCAAUCGACUAUUUUACCGAUGAAGUUUUUCGAGCAGUCCAAGAAAGGCGGAAAGAGCUAAGGAAAAAGGUUGACUGCUACGAAAGCCGAUGGUUAAAGCCUCUAGAGAACCAGAUAGACAGCCUAGAAAUAGAAGUACACGAAAAAAUGAGCUUGGUUUUGGUCAAUCAGUUUGCCUUAGAAGAGACAUUGUAUGAACCGGAUGUAAGAUCAGCAGUUGAACUUCUUGACAUCAUGAAUGCUUUUGAGUGUGGUGAACUGUCAUUGUCUGGUAUUGAAACAUUACCACAGGUGCUUAAGCAAGUUUCUAAUCUAGGUAAUGUUUCUGACGUUCAUAAUUCAGGGUUAAUGUACACAACGGAUCCUAUCGAGAAAGAAGUAAUGCCGGUACUUAAUAAACAAUCAAAUUUACCUUGUAACUUUGGACCACGAGGGAUGUGUAUAAUAAAUAGGCCGAGCAGAAAUGAUGAGAAGUUAAUGAUUGUGGAAAGCAGCAAUAUGAUGUGUUAUGAAGUGUCUGUUGAUACCAAUGUCGUCACAAAAUUUCCUUUAAAUAAUAGCGGAAAGGCGGUGUGUUUCAUUGACGUAACGACGAUCAACCAUGGGAAAAAGCUUAUUUUCUCUAAUUUUUCUAGCCCAGUUUUGAAAACAUUUGAUCUGCAAUUCAAUGAAUGUGAGCCUAUAAAUUUGCAGACCGGUAGUUCGUCUACAUUAAUACCGACUCCGUUUAGUCUUACGAGCGACCACCGCAGUCACAUUUACAUUACUGACAAACGUAAUCACGUUAUUCAAGUUCGCGAAGAAUCGGGCGCACUUGUUCGGCAAUUUCUGUGUCACGGAAAUCCCGGAUACCUUGCUGUCUGGAAGGAUACAUUGGUUGUCAGUGACGCAGAAAACAAGUGCUGCUACAUCUACAGUGUUGAUGGCAGGCUUCUAUCGACUAUUGAUCAAUACAUUGGUGUUAAUUUCUGUCAUCCUAUGGGAGUUGCGUUUCAUGAAAAAGGUUACAUAUUGGUUGCAGACUAUUUGAAAAAGUGUGUGUUCUCCGUAAGUAUUUCUGGGCACAUCGUUUCUGAGGUUGACCUUAGUGGAAAUAUUGACCCAGAAGGAAUAGCAGUUCAUCAGAACACAGUGUACGUAAGCAAUCGUCUUAAUGGAACAAUUCUGAAAGUAAAAUUAUCCAACUUUCCGCCAAAAUCACUAUAUCAAAAGCAAUUAUAA